UUACACGAACAUAAAUAUGUAAUACGUUUGUAGAUAUUUAGGAAGUAUGCUCUUUUUGCGUAUCCUCCCCUUUCUCCAAAUGUAGUAACGUCGGAAGUUAAAAAAAAAAUAUUCUUUGUGUCGAGUCUUUUAUAGCUUUGAGUUUAUUGGCUGCAAGCCUGGAAACUAGGAAGGAGGGACGUAAAUAUCGAGCCCAGAACACUUUCCGAGUGCACUGUUCGGGCUUGCUGAGAAAUACUGAGCUAACGUUACGUCGCUAGUUGGCUUACGAUGCGAGAAAGAGGGGAUAUUAGACAGCCGGGUCAAAACAGUGUAGCAAUAGCCAAGUGGAACAAAAUAGGUAGAUAAGUACCUCUGGAAAAGGCAAAGGAUUUGAUCCAAAUGGGUAGCUAACAUAGUAGCCAGUUUACCAAUUUCUUCGGUGUGGUUUUUAAAGAAGAAUCAAGCACAAUGUCUUGCUCCGGAAAAUUGAUUUGGGACGUAAGGAAGCGCUCCAUCGGGUGCCAUGAACGAAAUGCUGUCCGGAGCCACUAUUUGGGAAGAAGAGAAUUUGUUCAAAGACUCAAACUUGAAGCUACACUCAAUGUGCAUGAUGGCUGUGUAAACACAAUAUGUUGGAAUGAUACUGGAGAGUACAUCCUUUCUGGAUCUGAUGAUACAAAUUUAGUCAUCUCAAACCCUUACAACAGAAAGGUGAAAGCAACCAUUCGGUCGGGACACCGGGCGAACAUCUUCAGUGCGAAGUUUAUGCCAUGCACCAAUGAUGAGCAAAUAGUGUCCUGCUCAGGAGAUGGCGUCAUCUACUACACCAACACGGAGAGGAGCUCUGAGCUGAACAAACAGUGUCAGUUCACCUGUCACUACGGCACUGCCUACGAGAUCAUGACGGUGCCGAAUGACCCGUACACCUUCCUGUCGUGCGGGGAAGACGGCACAGUCCGGUGGUUCGACGUCCGAACGAAAACUAGCUGCACAAAAGAAAACUGCAAAGAUGACAUUCUCAUCAACUGCCGGCGGGCCGCUACCUCGAUAUCGAUCUGCCCCCUGGUACCCUAUUACCUGGCUGUCGGGUGCUCAGACAGCUCAGUGAGAAUCUAUGACCGAAGAAUGCUGGGAACCAGAGCGACUGGGAACUACACGGGGCGCGGGAUGAUGGGCAUGUGUGCUCGCUUCGUGCCGACGCACCUGUCCAGCAAGUCCUGCCGCGUGACCUCGCUGUGCUACAGCGGCGACGGCCGGGAGAUCCUGGUCAGCUACUCCUCCGACUACAUCUACCUGUUUGACCCCAAGGACGACCAGGCCCGCGAGCUGAAGGGACCAUCCGAGGAGAGGAGAGAAGAGCUGCGACAGCCCCCUGUUAAGCGGCUGAGACUGCGAGGGGACUGGUCCGACACGGGACCCCGAGCUCGGCCCGAGAGCGAGAGAGAGAGAGAUGGAGAACAGGGUCCCAAUGUGUCCCUGAUGCAGAGAAUGUCGGACAUGUUGUCCCGCUGGUUCGAGGAGGCCAGUGAAGCUCAGAGCAGCAGGGGCCGUCAAACACGUCCCAGGGGUGCUGCAGUUCCACCAGCAGGGGGUGCCACUGCCCCAGAGCCCGCCCCGCAGGAACCCAUUCCACCCACCCCAGGGCCAGUGGAGGCGGAGUCUCCUGCAGAGCACCUCCCCAAAUCAGCUCCCUCCUCCGCAUCCUCCUCCUCUGGCUCCGCCCCUAGCUCAAAUGCCACUGCGACCACUACGCCUCCCUCCACGUCCUCUUCUCCAGAGAGCUCCGCCUCCACAACCUCAUCACUGGAGAGCCCCGCCGCCUCCUCCCCAGCUUCCGACAUCAAAAGCCAGGACGCAUCAGCUGCCACGCCCGCGCCCCAAACGCAGCCCGGAGGCUCAGUGGGCGGGGCCGUGAGCGGUGGCGGCGGGUCCCCCUGCAGCGGGAGGCCCAGUGCGGGAGAACCUGUCCUCAGCCUGCACUACAGCACCGAGGGAACCACCACCAGCACCAUCAAACUCAACUUCACAGACGAAUGGAGCAGCAGGCCCUCUGGUUCCAGGGCCAGUGGUGGCCCCAGGCCAGGGAAUGUUGGGCCCAGCCAGAGACUACAGACCCCAGAGAGCUUAGAGCCAGCAGCUGCGAGCUUGUCGGAACCAGUCAGGCAGAGUGGUUUGGGAGUUGAGGAGGGGAGUGUCCAGAGCGGGCCGGCAGAAGCCUCCGGUUCUUCGGCCCGAAAUCUGUCCGAAGCCACACCCACACCCGCACCCAUCGCGCCGGGCCCCCGGGGAGCCGUUUCGGGGAGCUCCCGCACCAGCCAGGACUCGGACAGUGAUGACGACCCCAUUCUCAUACCCGCCACCAGAUACCGCGCAGGACAGGGGCAGAGAUUUAAUUUCAGAGGAUCAGCAGUAGGAGAGAGACUUAUCAGGCGCUCCGCAGCGGCUCGGAUACAGGAGCUUUUUCGCCGGAGAAAGGAAAGGAGGGAGAUGGAGGAGAGUGAGACCCAGAACAUCCGCAGGCCCUCCAUCAAAAUGGCUUACAAGGGCCACCGUAACUCCAGGACAAUGAUUAAGGAGUCCUGUUUUUGGGGGGACAACUUUGUCCUGAGUGGCUCGGACUGCGGGCACAUCUUCAUAUGGGAUCGGCGCACGGCUGAACACCUGAUGCUCCUGGAGGCUGACAACCACGUGGUCAACUGUCUGCAGCCCCACCCGUACGAUCCCAUUCUUGCUUCUUCUGGAAUAGACUACAAUAUCAAGAUCUGGUCCCCGCUGGAGCAAUCGCCAUCGUUUAAUAGAGUGCUUGCUGAAGAGGUGAUCACACGUAAUGAGCUGAUGUUAGAGGAAACCAGGAACACAAUCACGGUCCCUGCUUCCUUCAUGCUGCGAAUGCUGGCCUCACUUAACCACAUCAGGGCAGAUCGAUUGGAUGAUCGCUCGGAAGGUUCCGGACAGGAGAACGAGGACGAGCAGUAGCCAGCAGUCUCGUCUUUUUAUUUAUUUUGGUCUAAGUCACUUUUUUCCCCAUAUCUUACCAUGAGUGCAAUUUUUCUUUUUUAAAAAAUUCUAUUGUUUGCAAUAAACUGCCUUUGGGACUAAUAAGUGUAAAUGCAAUCAAGGCAAUACAAAAUAUAUGGAAUGAAUGAUGCUUGAGGAUGUUAUGUGCAAUAUUCUGUUUUCAAGAGCAAAUGUUUUUAACUGGAUCAGUGUUGAGGUGUGUGUUUUUUUUUUCCAUGUAAAACUCAUGUCUACACACAUGAAGUUAUGAUUGUAAACAUACAGGUUUUUCCACACAGCUUUAAGUAAACUAUUUUGUCGUUAAAAUUACUUGUCUUCUUUUUCACAAAGUAUGUUUAAAAAGCAAUGGAUGGGUUUCUGUCAGUGCAAAUACUUGAAAUGUUUUCUAACUGACUUUUUGUAAAGCUUUACCUUUACCCAGAUUUCAGAAAAUGAUUUUAUUUGCAUCCUCUUUGACCUUCACCUUUAAAUUGGCAACAUUGCCAUUUGUCAACUGUUUAUCAAAUAAGAAACUUACACUACACAUACAGUUAAUUUAUUCAGCUGGAUAUUUUACUUAAUUCAGAUUAAGUACCUUUCUCAAGGGAAUGGGCUUGCAACCUCAGAGUUGCCUGUUCCCUAACCAUUACACUGCACUGCCACCCUCACUCCUUGCCAAAGCGCUGUAUGAGUUUAAAAAAAAAAAAACAUGAUUAUAUGGAGGAAUAAAAGGAUUGAGUGAUUCAUUUUUUUCCAAG